CGAUGAGACAAACAUCUGUGCUGAUUCUGAUGUUGCUGAUGUUCUGCAGAACUGACCAAGUCCAGCUGAAUCCUGACAGGUCUCAGUUCUUUGAAGGCCAGUCCUUGUCUGUGAUCUGCGCUGCUGGUGCCAGCACCAGGAGGAACACCACCAGAGAAACCAGGACCACAUGUGGGAUCGAAUGGGGGGACGUGGACGGGUCCUUGUGCGCGUUGAAGUACCUGGACCGAAUAGAUGACGGAGUUUACUGGUGUGAGUCCGGACUGGGAGAGGCCGGGUCCAGUGCCAAUGUCAUUGUGACUGGUGGACCGGUGAUCCUGCAGAGUCCGGUCUCUGUGAUGGAAGGACGUGACGUCAUUCUACGCUGCGUAACGAAGACCUCCUCCAACCUGCCCGCUCAUUUCUUUAAAGAUGGCUCUGCCCUCGGCACUGGGCCUGCCGGUCACAUGACCAUCCGCCAGGUUUCACCGGGUCAUGAGGGCUCGUACAGGUGUGAGGUGGGAGGAGUCGGACAGUCUCCGUCUUCCUGGAUGUCUGUCUCAGGAAACCCUACAGUGCACCCCUUUAAAUCAGCCCCGCCCACUGCUUUGGCUCCACCCCCUGGCUCUGAUGACCUCCAGCUCCUGCUCAGACUGUUCUGUCACCUGGUGGUCUUCUGUCCAUACUUCAUCUCCACUGUGCUCAUGGUGUCUUUGUAUCGACACAGAGCUACAGGAAAACAGCACCCCGUCUCCAUGGCGAUGGCGGCACUGCCCACCCAGGCCGAGAGGGGAUUGGAUGAAGACGAUGACAUCAUCCGUGUCACCACUGAGCAUCAAUUCUGAACAGAAAAAAGACUAAAGUCACCGCUUUGAGCUUUGUUUCUUUAGUGUUAAUGACUAUUUUAAAUAAAGUUUUGAAAAGGCAUUUCUCCACUGACUUCAGAUGAUUGACAGACUUCAGAAAAACAGUCCAUAUCCUUCAGCUUCUAU